AUGAAGCCUUUGUCAUCUCUCUUGCUCAGCGCCGCCCUGUCGGCCCCUCUGUCGGCCGCUGCUCCUCCGCACCCCGCAUCUCCGCAGGCGCCUCUAGCAGAGAUCCCAACAAUCUUGAGCGAGACUCUGACCGAAUCACUCCGGGCUCCCAUCAGCCAAAACUCCCUAGACGACGUCAUCAAUGCCUCGCCUCUACUGUCAUUCCAUCGGGACCUCGUCUCAAUCGAGUCCAUCUCCGGAAACGAGGGCGAAGCCGGCGCCUUUGUGGCUGAUUUCCUGGAAUCCCACAACUUCACCGUGAUCAGGCAGCCCGUCACCACGGAUGCAAACGGGAACGCAACCCGCUUCAACAUCUUCGCCUUCCCCAAGUCCCAUCCCCAAUCCAACCCCCAGAUCCUCCUCACCAGCCACAUCGACACCGUGCCCCCCUUCAUCCCGUACUCCCUGCACCGAGAUGCCGCCGCCGACGACGACGACAGACACAUCCUCAUCGCCGGCCGCGGCACCGUAGACGCCAAAGGCAGCGUCGCGGCCCAGAUCUUCGCAACCCUCGACACCCUCGCCGACCAGCCCUCCGCGCCGCUGGGCCUCCUCUUCGUCGUCGGCGAGGAAACCGGCGGCGACGGCAUGAAGGCCUUCUCGCGGUCGCCGCGCCUCAACCCCUCCCCGAGCCCCUUCCACACCGUCAUCUUCGGCGAACCGACCGAGCUCGCCCUGGUCGCCGGCCACAAGGGCAUGCUGGGCUUCGAGGUCGCCGCACACGGCCACGCCGCCCACUCCGGGUAUCCCUGGCUCGGCGAGAGUGCCAUCUCCGCCAUCCUGCCGGCGCUGGCGCGCGUGGACCGGCUGGGCGACAUCCCCGCCGAGGAGGGCGGGCUGCCCGCCAGCGACAAGUACGGUCGGACGACGGUCAACAUCGGGCGGAUGGAGGGCGGCGUCGCGGUGAACGUGGUGCCGAGCUCGGCGCGCGCGGGCGUCGCCGUGCGGCUGGCGGCCGGGACGGACGACGAGGCGCGCGAGAUCGUCCGCCAGGCGGUCCGGGACGCGACGGGUGGCGACGAGCGGGUGGUUGUCCACUUCAGUCUGGAGGGCUAUGGCCCGCAGGACCUGGAUACCGAUGUUCCUGGGUUCGAGGUCACCACCGUCAACUACGGGACGGACGUGCCGAACCUGCAGCUCCAUGACCGUCCGGAUGGCAAGGUCAAGCGGUACCUGUACGGGCCGGGGAGUAUCCACGUCGCGCACGGUGACAACGAAGCGUUGACCGUCGCGCAGCUCGAGGAGGCCGUGCGCGGGUAUAAGAAGCUGAUCCAGGCUGCGCUGGACCGGUCGACUUCAUAG